CAAUUUGGCCCCAUGAGAUUUCAUCAAGAUCAACUUCAGGUACUUUUAGUGUUUACCAAAGAAGAUAGUCAGUGUAAUGGAUUCCGUAAGGCAUGUGAAAAGGCUGGGUAUAAAUGCACAGUCACCAGGGAACCUCAGGCUGCCCUUACCUGUUUCCUGGACAAAUACCACGACAUCAUCAUCAUAGACCACAGACAUCCCCGGCAGCUGGAUGCAGAGGCGAUAUGCAGGUCUAUCAGAUCGUCAAAACUCUCAGAAAACACAGUUUUUGUUGCUGUUGUACGCAGAAUUGAUGCCUUUGAGCUCCAUAUAAUUCCCUUUCUGUCAUAGAGGUAUAUAGAAAACCCCAGCGUCAUGGCCUGUUACAAUGAGCUGAUCCAGCUGGAGUAUGGAGAGGUGCAAUCCCAACUGAAACUCAGGGCUUGUAAUGCAGUAUUCACUGCAUUAGAGAAAAGUCAAGAAGCAAUUGAAAUUACAAGUGAAGACCACGUUAUACAGUAUGCAAAUCCUGCAUUUGAAACAACAAUGGGCUAUCAGUCCGGUGAAUUAAUAGGGAAGGAGUUAGCUGAAGUGCCUAUAAAUGAGAAAAAGGCUGACUUGCUCGAUACUAUAAAUUCAUACAUCAGGAUUGGCAAGGAGUGGCAAGGAAUUUACUGUGCCCAAAAGAAAAAUGGAGAUAAUAUUCAACAAAAUGUGAAGAUAAUACCUGUCAUUGGACAGGGAGGAAAAAUUAGACACUAUGUGUCCAUUAUCCGAGUGUGCAGUGGAAACAGCAAGGCUGAGAAAAUAGCUGAAAGUGUUCAGUCUGACAGCCUUACAGAUACACAGACAGGCAAAGUCAUUAAAGACAAGAGAAAAGAUUCGCUCGAAAUUAGACCUGUUGUCACUCGACCAGGUGAAGCUACAAGCCAGAGGCGACACUCCUCCUUGGCCCGGAUACAUUCCAUGACGAUCGACACACCCAUCACCAAGGUAAUUAAUAUUAUCAACGCUGCCCAGGAAAGCAGUCCCAUGCCUGUGACAGAAGCCUUAGACCGCGUGCUGGAAAUUCUGAGAACCACUGAACUAUAUUCACCACAGUUCGGUGCUAAAGACGCUGAUCCUCACGCCAACGACCUCGUUGGGGGCCUACUGUGUGAUGGUUUGCGAAGACUCUCCGGGACAGACAGCAUCCUUUCACCAAAGACCCUUCACCAGGUUUCAGGCAAAAUAACCCUUCACGAUAUCCCGCCACGGAUAGCUCAAACUAUGGAAAAAGAGGAACAGUGGGACUUUGACAUUUUUGAACUGGAGGCUGCCACCCACAAGAGGCCAUUGAUUUAUCUUGGUCUCAGAAUAUUUGCACGUUUUGGAAUUUGUGAAUUCUUAAACUGCUCUGAAUCAACACUCAGAUCAUGGUUACAAAUUAUUGAAACCAAUUACCAUUCUUCUAACCCCUACCACAACUCUACACAUGCCGCUGACGUCCUGCAUGCAACUGCUUACUUUCUGUCCAAACAGAGGAUAAAGCAAACUUUAGAGCCUGUUGAUGAGGUUGCUGCCCUCAUUGCAGCCACCAUUCAUGACGUGGAUCACCCCGGGAGAACCAACGCCUUCUUGUGUAAUGCCAGCAGUGAGUUGGCCGUUUUAUAUAAUGACAUUGCUGUCCUAGAGAGCCACCAUGCAGCGCUGGGCUUCCAGCUGACCAUUCAGGACGACAACUGCAAUAUCUUUAAAAACAUGGAAAGGAAUGACUAUCGGGUGCUGCGCCAAGGUAUUAUUGACAUGGUCCUAGCCACAGAGAUGACAAAGCACUUUGAGCAUGUCAACAAAUUUGUCAACAGUGUCAACAAGCCCUUGGCAUCAUUAGAAGAAAACAAGGAAACUGAUAAAGAUCAAGAAGCAAUAAACACUAUGCUCAGGACACCAGAGAACCGCAUUCUGAUCAAACGAAUGCUGAUCAAGUGUGCGGACGUGUCCAACCCCUGUCGGUCCUUAGAGCUCUGCAUCGAGUGGGCGGCUCGCAUCUCAGAAGAGUAUUUUUCUCAGACUGAUGAAGAGAAGCGGCAGGGCUUACCCGUGGUGAUGCCGGUCUUUGACAGAAACACCUGUAGCAUUCCCAAGUCCCAGAUCUCUUUCAUCGACUACUUCAUCACAGACAUGUUUGACUCUUGGGAUGCCUUUGUCGACCUGCCGGAUCUAAUGCAGCACCUCGACAACAACUUCAAGUACUGGAAAGGCCUGGAUGAGAUGAAGCUUUGCAGCCUCCGACCGCCCCCCCAGUAG